AUAAAGCUUGCCAGCAGAAGGAAGCAUGGCAUCCUCCACCUUGCUGGCUUACAGCUGCGCUGGUUUUGAACCGGAUGAAACAGCGUGGACCCGGACCACCGCCGCCAUCGCCAUCAUCAUCAUCAUCAUCAUCAUCAUCAUCGCCACCGGCAGCAGAACGUGGCCGACGCUUCGGCAUGGCUGCAGCUCGUGCGUCUGCUCACCGGGGAGAACCGUUCACGGUUUCCGAGCGGCACCUGAAGACGGCGUCGGUCACCUGACCCGAGCUCCAGGUCACGUGACUGAUAUUCCAUCCUCGCCAUUUUGCAAUGUGGUGGGGGGGAGAGAGCGAGCGAGAGACCACUUUUUAUGGCGACCGAGCUCAAACUCCAGAGUUUCACGCGCUGAGGACAAAGCGUCGAGCCUUCUCGUGUCGGUGAUGGAGGAGAAUAGCUGUUUUGCGGUCCUCAUCUCAAAGCCCGCCGCAGCGGAAGCCCCUUCCUCUGCUCCCGUACCGGGGUCUCGCUACCAGACCGAGCCUCCGAGCGACGUGGGUCAGGCCGUCCCGGGGAAGAUCCCCUCCAAACAGGUGGACGAGUCCCUCAUCCAGGUCAUCGAGAAGCUCAGCAAGAUCGUUAAGAAGCGGCCGCAGAGGCACUGCACUCUGGUGGGCCAGAAAAGAGGGCAACCCCCGGACUCCUCCGCCGGGGUGCCAUCCAGCCUGGGAGGCUCUCCUCACAAGAAGAUGAAGAACAGCCGCAACGAGGAGGCGGGAGCGGACGGCGCCGUGGGCGACAAUGGCGUCGGCUCUUUGGCGAGCGGCGCUGCCGCCGAUCACAAGCGGACGGUGACGUGCUACCAGUGCAGCCUCUGCCCCUACCUCUCCCAGACGCUGGGCCAGCUCAGGCAGCACCUGAAGCAGCACAACGAGCAGCACAGCGACCUCAUCCUCAUGUGCUCCGAGUGUCACUUCACCUCCAGGGACCAGGAGCAGCUGGAGGCGCACGUCAGGCUGCACUACGACGCCAGGAGUACCCCCACGCCCCCCGCCACGGGGCAGGAGAAGAGUGCGAGGAUGGCCGACGAUGGGGAGCAGCCCAGCGCAGGAGCCGAGGGGAUCAAGAGCUCGGGGGACGAGUCCGCUGAGCUGCCAGAGAAGAAGAAGUGGUACAGCUACGAAGAGUACGGCCUGUACCGCUGCCUGAUCUGCAGCUACGUGUGCAGCCAGCAGCGCAUGCUCAAGACCCACGCCUGGAAGCACGCCGGCCUCGUCGACUGCUCCUAUCCCAUCUUCGAGGAAGAAGAGGGCGGUUCAGCGAGGCAGGAGACGGAAGCCGCCGCCAACAGCAUCGCGCCCCGAGACGAUUUAGUCAUUCUGUCCCCGGGUCUGCACGACAAAAUCCUGCAGAAGCUCCCAGCUGCCUUCAAACUGCAGCUCUGCAUGCCCGCCGCCGGGGGCCAGCGCGAUGCCUUCGAUCCGCCUGAAGGCGACUCAACAACCGCGGCGGAUGAACAGGAGGAGGACGGCGACGUCCCCGGAGAGGUGAGCUCCGAGGAGCCUGCGGUGGAGGUGCAGGUGACCACGGAGGCAGACGACGACGUGGAGGUGGACGGCGCCCGAGACGGCGCCUCUGUCGCCGACAGCCUGCUGUCGUCAGCCCAGAAGAUCAUCAACAGCAGUCUGAACAGCGCCGGUCACAUCAACGUGAUCGUGGAGCGCCUCCCUUCGGCUGAAGACGCGGUCACAGCGACCACGCCGCUGCUCCUCAGCCCGGACAUGGGCGGGGACAAGAGCUCGCGUGGCGUGAGAGAGGAGGAGCAGAACCCAGUGGGAGGGGAUGCUGGCUGUGCGGGUGAUUCCACCAGCAGCCAGCUGUUAGAUGGCGACUGCAAGCCCCCACUCACCAAAGGGGACGCCCCCCCGAGGGACGAAAACGUCCCCCCAACCAGCCGCAAGCGAACGCACUCUGAGUCUCUUCGCCUCCACUCUCUGGCUGCAGAGGCCCUCGUUGCUAUGCCGAUGAGGACGCCAGAGCUGGCCGCCUCCGGCCCCAAGGCGAGUCUGAAGGCUGUUUCACCGCAGAUGGCGAGCCCCCACAUGGGCCAGAGGCUCCUGGACGCGGCGGAGAGCGGAGCGAGGCCGACAGCAGCCCUGUUGGACUGGGAGCUCCGUGGCCAGGCCCAGGAGGACCAGUUGGUGGAGGGCGACGAGGAAAGUCCCGCCGCUAAAGCCGGGAUAAGCCUUUCGCUGCUUACCGUCAUCGAGAGACUCAGAGAGCGCUCAGACCAGAACACCUCCGACGAGGACAUCCUGAAAGAGCUUCAGGAUAACGCGCAGUUCCACAACGGGACUCUUGCCGGGGCGGUCUCUGGGGACGGAGCGGAGAGCUACGUGUGUAACAUUCCAGGCAUGGACGGCUUGGUGGGCUCGCCCGACGGGGGGCUGGUGGACUACGCCCCGGGCAGCGAGAGGCCGUACCGCUGCCGCCUGUGCCACUACAGCAGCGGCAACAAGGGCUACAUUAAGCAGCACCUGCGCGUCCACAGGCAGAGGGCGCCGUACCAGUGUCCCAUCUGUGAGCACAGGGCUGCAGACAGUAAGGAGCUGGAGAAGCACAUGAUCCACCACUGCAGGACCAGGACGUACCAGUGCAGUCACUGUCCAGAUGCCUUCCACUACAAGAGUCAGUUAAGAAGUCAUGAAACGCAGCGGCACAGCUACAGCAGCGACAUGGCGUCGCCCACCAAGGGGGCCGACACCAUCACCCCGGUGGAGGAGUCUGAACGGGGAACGGAUGAAGAAGGCAGCAUGCCAAACGUGUACAGAUGUGACGUGUGCAGCUACAGCAGCUCUACGUAUAUUGGAGUGAGAAACCACCGGCGCAUCCAUAACUCCGACAAACCAUAUCGCUGCUGCAGCUGUGAUUUUGCCACCACCAACAUGAACAGCUUGAAGAGCCACAUGAGGAGGCAUCCUCAGGAGCACCAGGCCGUGCAGCUGCUGGAGCAGUACAGGUGA